CCCUCAAUAUUUAUUUCCAACACCUCCAUGAAAGUAGAAAUUAAGAAACCCUAGCUACCCAAAAGAAAAAAAAAAAAAUCCAAACUUUUUCCUUUCCUUCUACAAAUCAUAAAGAUCUAUACCAAAAAUGGAUUCAAUACUCUCUGAAUUUGAAUCCCUAAACAACAACAACAACCCACCAUUUGGAGUAGUAGUUACUAACAACACACUUCAAAACCUAGUGGUUGGUUCAUCGUCUUCAUCUUCGUCGUCAUCGUCAUCUAGUCGAUACGAGAAUCAAAAGCGUAGGGAUUGGAACACAUUUUGUCAAUACCUUAAAAAUCAUAGACCCCCGCUUGCUCUAUCAAGGUGUAGUGGAGCUCACGUUCUUGAAUUCCUAAGAUAUUUAGAUCAAUUUGGUAAAACAAAAGUUCAUACUCCAAUUUGUCCAUUUUAUGGUCAUCCUAACCCACCUGCCCCUUGCCCUUGUCCUUUAAGACAAGCUUGGGGCAGCCUUGAUGCUCUUAUUGGGAGACUGAGGGCAGCUUUUGAAGAGAAUGGUGGAAUGCCCGAAGCUAACCCUUUUGGUGCCCGAGCUGUACGGCUUUAUCUACGAGAGGUUCGUGAUUUGCAAUCUAAAGCAAGAGGAAUUAGUUAUGAGAAGAAGAAAAGAAAGCGUCCUCAACAACAACAAAUUGCUCAAUCAAGUAAUGGAAAUUGAAUAAUUUUCAACUUCUUUCAUUUUUAUUUUUCUUUUUCUUUUAAUUAAUGGUCUUCUUAAUUAUGAUUACUAUUAUCAUGAUCUUUAUCUUCAUCUUGAUUUUUUCUUUUCUUUCCUUUUUUUUUUCUUUAAUCAAUUCUAGGGUUAGUGUUUAAA